AUGCUGAUUAGACCUUCGCGCCUCAUUCCUCUGAGCGUGCAGGAGGCCACGCCAUCCCUCUCUCCUCAAACCCUUUUUCCCCCGUCUUCCCCUUCUGCCUUCUCAGAUCCCUCUGGGCUGCCUGUCCAAAUCCCUCUGGGCGUGCAAGACGCCAAGCCCCUGGGUCGUUUGUCCAAGCGCGCUCGCCUGCUCUACUGGCUGGACAACCUGUUUGCCACGGAGCCCAACAGCAAGGCUCUCACGCUGCUAGCGAUCUGCAUGCUCUUAACAGCAGUGGGCGGGGUGCUGUACAAGGCAGCAGCCGUGGCGUCCAAUGACGACCUGCCACUUGGCGAGUCCGUGUGGGUGUCGUGGACGUUUGUGUCCAACCCCAGCGAGCAUGUGAAUGAGGCCUCGGGGCCAAAGCGUGUGGUGAGCGCAGUGGUGUCGGUGGGGGGGAUGCUCUUCUUUGCGUUGCUCGUGGGGCUGGCAACGGACCUGGUGGCGAGCAAGGUGGAUCAGCUGGAGCAGGGCAACGGGGCUGUCAUCGAGAGCAAUCACACGCUUGUGUGCGGCUGGACCCCCAAGACCAUUCCCCUGGUGAAGGCUCUGGUGGAAGCGGGGGAGCGGCCGUCAGUGGUGGUGGUGGCAGAGAGGGAGAGUGUUGAGAUGGAUGGAGAAUUGGUGGAGGCUGUUCCGAUCAAAGAGCGAGGAGGGAUGCGGGUGAUGACUCGCCGUGGUGAUCCCCUGAAAGCAGCCGACCUCAACCGCUGCUCUGCAUCCCGGGCGGCCUCCAUCGUCAUUCUCUCGCCCCAGCUGGCCUCCCGCCAGCAGGCGGAUGCUCAGGUGCUGCAAACCGCCAUGGCUCUGGCGGUCCUCCCUGAAAUCCAGGGUGACGUGGUUGCUGAGCUGGCGUGCCCCGAGAACACAAUGCUGCUGGGGAAGCUGCAUGCGAGCCUGAUGAAGCGACUGGAUAAGGCCAGGCAGCAGCACAUGCUGGGGUCAUCAGCCGAGGCUGCUCGCCUUGUCACCCAUGCCGGAUCAGCAGCCACAGCCAUCACCACUGCACCAUCUCCCUCCGCUGCUACUGCCACCUCUGCCACUGAUGCUACUGGUGCCGCUGGUGCUGUCACAAGCACAACAACCCCCUCCUCUUCCAUCCCCACCACCAACGAAAGCACUGCAGCUGCUGCCUCCACUACUACCGGCCAAGCCAGGACCGCCUCGCGUGGUUUGUCUUCUUCUGCGGGGCAGAGGCGGCGCAAGCUGGUGCCUGUGGAGACUUGCGGCAUGGCUCUGAGGCGGCUGGUGGACCUGGCGCUACAGCCGGCUGGCUCUGCUGUAGCAGCGGAACUGCUGCGAUUUAAGGGAGCCGAGUUUCACUUCAAGGAAUGGAAGGAGCUUGAGGGUCGCACCUUUGCCGAGGCUGUGUUUCUGUUUGAAGAAGCGGUGCCGUGUGGCGUGCAGCAGAUGGUUGGGACUGAGGAUGAACGGACGCUCAUCAACCCGCCUGGUGACACUGUGAUUGAGCCCGGGGACCGUCUGCUGGUCAUCGCUGAGUCAGCAGACAGCUACGCGCCACGUAAGCCGACCGCGGAGUCAGCAAAGGAGCACGAGCUGGCGGAGAAGCGGCUGGCUUCCUUCGCAACGCCGUGGCACUACGACAGCCUGCCACGUGGCAACGUGCGGCGCCGCCACAACGUGCUGAUCGCGGGCGAAUGGAGGGAUGACGUGGCAGAGGCCCUCCUGCUGCUCGGUUCCAAGCUGGCUCCCCGCAGUCAGGUGGCAGUAAUGGUCGACUCUCCUUCCCUCUCAGCAGCACAGCAGCGGCUCAACCCCUUCAUGAAAUCAGGCAGCCUCAACCUCAACCUGUCACUGUACCACGGGCACCUGGGCUGCAUGGCCGAUUUGGAGAGGGUACCUCUAGAGGCCUUUGACACUGUCAUCGUACUCGCCCCUCACUCCCUACAGCCUUCCAUUCUCCCUCUACACCACGGGCAUCUGGGCUCAAUGGCCGAUCUAGAAAAGGUUCCUCUGGAAGCCUUUGACACUACCACGGGCAUCUGGGCUCAAUGGCCGAUUUGGAAAAGGUGCCUCUGGAGGCCUUUGACUCUGUUAUCGUGCUCGCCCCUCACUCACACCACCCCCAAUGUGUUCUCUUCUCACCCCCCUUCCCCCACCCCCUCCCCUGCACGCUCAGACCACGGGCAUCUGGGCUCAAUGGCCGAUCUAGAAAAGGUUCCUCUGGAAGCCUUUGACACUGUGAUCGUGCUCGCCCCGCGCUCGCACCACAAGUCACCCCCCGACCAGCCGCAGCAGCAAAUGCGCGACGACGAAGGCGGAGCGGAGCGAGGGGAGGGUACCAGCAGCAGGGGCGGUAGUGGUGGGGGGGGUGAGGGGGGAGAGGGAGUGCUCAUGCCGUCUGCUUCAGUCACUGCUAUGAUGAUCCGGACGAUUCAGAGGGAGCGGGGACAGGCGACAGCAACAGUGCUUGCAGAGAGUGAUUUGGCGGUGGAGGGGAGGGGAGAGGGAGGGGAGGAGGGGGGAGGAGAGGGGGAAGGGGAGGGGGAGGGAGGGGCGGGGGCUGCGGCGGUGGUGGAUGGGGAUUUGAUGGAGGAGGUGCGGGGGAGGUGGUUGACUGAUAGCUUGGAUACAAAUGUCGUGCAUGCGAGGAUUCUGGCUCAAACUGCCAUGGACCCAGGUGGGUGGGUGGGUGCAGCAGUGUUGGGAAGGGUGGUGGUGGAGGGGGAUAUGAUGGAGGAGGUGCGGGAGAGGCGGUUGACUGAUAGCUUGGAUACGAUUGUGGUGCAUGCGCGGAUUCUGGCUCAAACUGCCAUGGACCCAGAUGUCGGCGGCGUAUUGGACGAGAUCGUGAGCGGGUCGGGCUCGUCGCUCUCAAAUGUCGGCGGCGUAUUGGACGAGAUCGUGAGCGGGUCGGGCUCAUCGCUCUCGCUGGAAGAUGCCACCUCCUUCCUCGUGGAUGGAGAAGCACUCUCUUUCUUCGACCUCCAGGUGGAUUUUAUCCGCUUUUUGCUGAGGAGGAUCUUCCGCAUGGCGGUUGUGGCGGCGGCAGUGACGGCGCGGUCCCCGUCGCCCGCGUCGGCAUCGGGCGCCUCGGCGGGAUGGCUGUGGCCGUUGAUCGGCACAGCGGCGUCGAUCGCCUUCGCGUCCGCCUUCUCGCUCACUCUCCGCAUCCUUCGGGGUCUCUCCGCGUCGCGCACCCACGCGCUGCAUCCUCCGCAGGCCAUUCUCGUGCUAGGAGGGAAUCGCUACAGGGAACGACUGGCUGGGAGAUUCGCAGCCCUGCUGGCUGCCCCAUACCAGCCCGUGACUGGGAAUUUGAGCAGUGCCAGCAGCAGCAGCAGUAACUCUGGGUUGACUCAGGAUAAAAGCACUGGCAAUAGGGACUUUAUCAGCAGCAGCGGCAGUGGUGGUGGUGAUAGUAGCAGUGCCGCUGCUAGUGGUAGCAAUGCUGCUGCUGCUGCAUGCCUUGCGUUUGAUCCCAUCGUCACCUCCUCUCCCAAUCCUCUAGCCAACGGCACACUCGACCCCCUCCCUCCCGCGCACGCCGCAGCAUCCGGGAAGCUUCCGGUGUUCAUCUCGUCGGGGAACGACGACGCUGCUGACGUCAUGAUGAGGGAGGGGGUGGCUGCUGGACGGUUACGGGUGGAUAACCACGCACUGGACACGGUUACCAACUUCACGACAAUGUUACGCACGUUUCAACGGUUGAAAAUCACGCAUGUGCUUGUGGUUACGUCGGAUUUCCACAUGCCGCGUGCGGCUAUGAUGGCGAAGAUUGUGCUUCAGACGCAUGGGAUCGCGUUCUCUACAGUGGCAGGCCCAUCUGCUCAGAUGACGUGGAUAAGAGGGGGGCCGUGUGCCCUACACCCCGGUAAUAUGGCUUCUCUCUCCCCCCUUCGUCCCCUUUCAGGGUUCUCUCAGGUGGCGGGCCCGUCUUCUCAGAUGACGUGGAUAAGAGGGGGCCCUUGUGCCCUAGACCCCGUUAACAUCACAUCCGCUAUAGACUCCAGUCUGCAGCGCCUGCAGUGUGACUAUAUCGACCUGCUGCAACUGCAUUGGCCGGAUCGCUAUGUGCCCAUGUUUGGAGACUGGGAGUUUGACCCCCGGUGUGACUAUAACGAGUACAGCUCGUUUGAAGCACAGCUGGAGGCGCUGGGGAGAGCAGUGGAAGCAGGGAAAGUGCGGUAUGUGGGAGUCAGCAACGAGACAGCAUGGGGGCUGGGAAAGUUCAUGGAAGCUGCCAACAAGCCUGCUUCGAGCCACCAUGCCACUGCUCCCUCCUCCUCCUCGUCCUCUCCCCUCCGCCCUCGCCCCAUCGCCCUUCAGAACGCCAAUUCCCUGCUCUGCCGCACAUUUGACUCCACCCUUGCAGUGACUCCACAGACUGGGCUUCUCCUCCCUGCAGCAUAA